AUGGUAUUCAAAUUCGGGUCUCUUGUUAUCUUCACUUUCGCAAAUCUUCUACGAUCCGCCGAAGCGAGCUGGUGUCUGGGUACUGGAACAGGCACAUGCAAUCUCAACAUCUUUGGCACCCCUGUCAUUACUGAGGGUGUCCAUAUCUAUGACAAUGAAUGUAACUUGAUCGGAUACCUCAAUAGACCUGUGGAAGGGGUUGCCAUCAACUCUCAAUUGCCGUGGACGGUUGUACUGAAACAUAUUGCAAACGACGACCGACACUUCACAUUCUGUUAUGCCGGAAAAUGCUACGUUAACGGGUUUACCUUCCAAGAGACCGAUGAAGGUGGUUAUACGGCUAUCGAAGCUUUGCAUGCCUUUGACUGCGGUGAUGAAGUGAGGUUUUCAAAGACGGAAAGCUCAUUUAGCAGCCGACGUCACGUCAAUGAGACCGACUUUGUUUAA